UGCUCCUGCCCUAGCCCCCAGGGCCUCUCAGUCUCUAUCCUGCUCCGAAAGUGUUUGCACAGUGGGAUAAGGACAUCGUUCACUCGUCCAAAUCCUACUAGGGCAAUAUAGAGGGUCACUCGUUCCUCAAUUCGGCCAUCCGUCAAUUCAUUUUUUCGACGGCUGUUUUCCUGGUUACGCUCGUUCAGACGACUCCAAUUCUCAUUCUACCAAUUGUUCCAUCAAUUGCGGAUUAUCGUGAGAUACCAAGACAAAGGCGGAAAGGAUGUUUCUGGGAAAAAAAGGUGGUGGGGUGGUUAGUAGGCUAGCAACGGCUUUUGGGCUAGUGUUGCUUCUUGCGAACCAGGCGGGGGCUACAAACUGCAACAAUACCGUCACACGGGAUUACACAAAGACCGUCACGGCAACCAUCACUAGCGGGUGUGGAGGGCAUGGCGAGCCUUCUUGUCCGCAGGUUACUGUGACUCGGGGAUGUGGUGGAUAUGGUGAAUCCGCGUGCCCGACCGUGACAGUAACCAAAGGAUGCGGUGGAUAUGGCGAACCCAGCUGCCCGACUGUCACAAAUACGGUUACCACGACUGCUACUACAACUGGGACUCGGGGAUGUGGUGGCUGGGGAGAGCCAUCUUGCCCGGUGGUUACAGCCACAGCAACAACAACGGUCACCACUACGAGGGGAUGCGGUGGCUACGGAGAACCGUCUUGCUCGGUGGUCACAGCCACAGCUACAAUAACAGUUUCCACCACAAGAGGAUGUGGCGGCUGGGGAGAACCGUCUUGCCCAGUGGUUACAGCCACAGCAACAGCAACGGUUACAAGUACCACUACGAGGGGAUGCGGUGGUCACGGUGAGCCCUCUUGCCCGGUGGUUACCGAGACAACCACCCAAACCGUUGUGAUCAGCUCAACAUUCACUUCAACCCUAUCCGUCCCAACCACCAGCACGCGUACUGAGAAGACUACGGAGAGCACCACUGCUACUGCUACCUCCACACGCUCUCUCACGACUACGGCAUGGUCCACCACCACUUCAGUAGUUACCACUACGUAUACCUUGCCCGCCUCGACCAUCACCAAGGAUGGGACGACUGUCUACCUCCCGGGGACGACCGUAGUCUCCUCCUAUACAACCACAUACAGCACUACGGCCACUGCGACGGCCACCGCAACGACUACUAAGCACACAACUAAUCUUACCACCGGCACAGCGACGUAUACCACCACGGCCACUUCCAAGAUCCCGGUAUACAUCACAACGGUCACCACUUCUUUUGUCCCGACAACGAUUGAAAAACCGACAACCAUUAGCAAUACUCUCAUUACAAGCGUGUUUAUCACUACAAGCUACCCUGUGACGAGAACUGUUACCUCCACUUCUACCUCCACUUUGACCACGAGCACGACAUCCCUUAGUACCAUAACCGAGAGAUACAUGAGCACCACGACCCAACUGUCAUUGAUCACUGCUACUUUCACUCGCGAUGUUACUGUGAUUAGCCCCACAACCAUCAUCUCCGAGACAACCAGGGUGGUACCCACAACGAUUACGCAACCCGGGACAACCAUCAUUAGCAGCGUUACUAUCACAGACCGUACAAGCAUUACUGCCACAGUUACAACCAGUUUCAGUACCACCGUUCGGUCCACCAUCACAAACACCGCCACCACCACAACCUCGUUGUUCUUCACCACUAUCCUGCCAGGGACCACUGUUGUUCAAACCCUCCCACCGGUGACGACCGUACUGACUCUCCCUGAUGUUGUGACUACGAUCACUGCGCCUGGUAAAACCGUGAUUAGCACUCUCCCCGGGGUUGUGACUGCAACUACUCUUCCGGGGGUUGUUACCACCAUCACUUCUCCUCCGAUCACCACAACCGUCCAGCUUCCUAGAAUUUCUGCUACUGUUACUAAGACUCUGCCUUGCACUGCUCGUGCAGCGCCUACCGAACCGUCUAUAAGUGUUCCCAAGGAUUAUACAUGGGGUUGUGCACCUGGCUACAUAUGCAAUCCCAAGGACCGUUGUGAUACCGAGCCUCCCCCAGCCCCCGGGUAUCUCUGUAAGCCUAACGAGUGUGUGGUUGCUCCGCUACUUUGCCCGUACCCCGACGAUUGGGGCAGAAACUACACUUCCAAGAAGAUUGGAACUUCGCUGAUUCAGCCACCUUACUAUCCUCUUGACCCAGCGAUGUUUGGUCUGGACUGGUCCAUCUUUUCGAACUUAGAGCGCAAGGGCGUUGAGAAUGGUGUUACCAUGAUUAAGAGGCAGAGCGGUACCGGGCCUUCUCCAUGCUACGAUGAGUGCGACGCUGCCAAUAGGAAUGCCCAGAACCUCGGAAAGACCGAGAGACUUUGCGCAUCUAACUCUCCCUUCAAGGAGGCCCUCCGCAAUUGCCGGCGGUGUUACAGCUUCUUGGCCCAGCAGAACCCACAACAGUUGCUUGCUGCCACUGUUGAACCUACUUACAAACCGUUCGAGGACUACUGUAAUGCUAACUUCCCUGAAACUACCUCAAGUGUCACUUCCCGGACAAGUGUGCAAGCGCUAUCGCAGGUUGCCUCUUCUUCUUCCACGCCACUUCGUAGUACUUCAAGCCCUACUGCACCUGCGUCCCCAAGUAGUUCUCCAAAUUCAUCUUCAGGACCAGUUUCUACAGUAGCCCCAGCUUCUUCAUCUGUGACGACCACUAUGGCUGCCCCCACCGCCACCACAUCUACCCCCUCUUCCUCUCGCCCCCCUACCCCACCUACUUCCUCGUCUUCGCCAUCAGUAGCAGUGAGUGUCUUAAACACAGGUAGCUCUACUUUGGUGACUUCAUCAAGUCUCGUCCUCUCUGGCUCUGUAUCGGUCCCUGCAUCUGGUUCAUCUUCUCCUUCCUCUCCUACUAAUACUGGAUCUGGAUCACCAUCGUCGUUGCCACCAUCCCCGGCAGUCGAUGGUUCGAGUUCAUCCCGGCUAUCGUCAGCUGUGGUUGGCGCCAAUACUGCCUCUUCUGGGACGGUGACCUCGACGGGUCCUGCUGUCAGCUCGACCACACCAAUAAUCCCAGGAGGCGGAAACGCUACUUCAACGUCCAACAUGCCACCCAUUAAUACUGGCGGUGCCUCAUCGGUUUCUCCGGUGAGCUCUUGGGCGCUGGCCACAGCCGCCCUGCUCUUGGGUAUAUGGACUCUCUUCUAAUCUCCCCCUAUCCUGACAUUUGGGCCUUCCGUAUAUCAUUGCAUUAUCAUUAGUUAUGGGAUUGGACUUGGAUAUGGGGAAGAAGAUAAAAAUAUGGGUGUUUUCUUUCCUUAUUUUCUCGUUGAUUGCGCCUCCUGAUUUUCAUAUUAUACAUGGUGUCUCGUAUUGGGGCUAGUUAAUGUCUGGUGGGAUGUGUGCGUAUGUGGAGGAUUCCAUUCGUCUGAAUUCUUUUUAAAUCCUUAUGUGGAGGACAAUGGUACGAAGCCUUCAUGAGUUCAGUAAUCAUGAAGGCGCAACGGUGGUAUUUUUUAAUGACUCUUCUUUGUUGGCUUAUGGCUACGUUACGAUCUUUGAGACGAUAUGUAUGGCACCUAUCACGAUAGCAAGAAAAAAAAGCAAGGGAGGAGUGGCGAAUCGAAUUGUGGCCUGAGACCAGAUUGGAGAGUG